AUGUCGGACGAGGCAGCCCCUCAGCCUGGCGCUAUGACGUCGAUGGACUACUACGCGGAUUCGUAUGCGCAUUUCGGAAUUCAUGAAGAGAUGCUAAAGGACGAAGUACGGACGUUGUCGUACCGACAAGCGAUCCAAAACAACCCGCACCUUUUCAAAGGUAAGACAGUCUUGGAUGUUGGCUGCGGCACAGGAAUCUUGUGCAUGUUCGCAGCCAAAGCAGGAGCGAAAAAGGUCGUGGGUGUGGACAUGAGCAACAUCAUUGACCAGGCGAAGGUCAUUGUGAAAGCGAACAAGCUGGACCACAUCAUCACGCUAGUUAAGGGCAAGAUGGAGGAUGUCGAUCUUGGUCUAGGUCCUGAUGGGAAGGUUGAUGUAAUUGUGAGUGAAUGGAUGGGCUACUUCUUGCUGUACGAAAGUAUGCUGGACACUGUGCUUCUGGCUCGUGAUAAAUACCUAGCGCCAGGAGGCGUCAUGAUGCCGGACCACGCGACGCUGUACUUGUCGGCCAUUGAAGACCAAGAGUACAAGGAAGAGAAAAUUGAUUUUUGGGACGAUGUGUACGGCUUUGACUACUCAUGCAUCAAAGAGAUUGCUCUGCGCGAGCCGCUUGUCGAUACCGUUGAGCUACGAAGCGUGGUAUGCGACCCUGCGCCUCUGAUGCAUUUGAAUCUUAUGACUGUAAAGAAGGAAGACCUGUCGUUCAAGACUCCCUUCCGCCUCCAUGUAACGCGCAACGACUAUGUACACGCGUUCCUCGGCUGGUUCGAUAUUGGGUUUGAAGCAUGCCACAAACCCGUGCGCUUUUCCACUGGCCCUCACUCUCGCUAUACGCACUGGAAGCAGACUGUGUUUUAUACGCCCAGCAAUUUGACUGUGAGCCAGGGCGAUGUGAUUGAAGGCACGCUGUCUUGCAUGCCGAAUGCGCGGAACAAUCGUGAUCUGGACAUUUCGAUCACGUACAAACUGGAAGGCGCGAAUCCAGCGGAAGGCUCGAUGGACUACAAAAUGUACGUUUAG